UCCAGCCGAGCUCGAGCGACGAAAUCGCCGCGGGAUCCGCGGAAAGCGCAGCCACCUGGCGAUCGGCACGCGACCGCGCAGCCGCGGGGCAGCGAGGUUACGCGCGCCAGUAGAGUGCCGGCAGCAACGCGCAGCAGCACCCGCAAGAUGUACCCGAGCUACGCGACCAACGACAAGCCGCGCUCGCUGUCGACGACGGACGUGCACCGCGUAGGCCGGCGCGGCGUCGGCGACGACGCCCACGCGGCCGAGAGGACGCUCGGCGCGCAGCUCUCGUUCUCGACGCUGCGGCGCACGCUGCGGCGACCGACGACGCGGCCGCCGCCGCCGGUACCGCCCAAACGCUCGGACAGCUUUCCCUCGGCGCCGAGCCCGCGCCCGAGCUACAACGCCCGCCGGCAGUUUGCCACGACGGCCAUCGAGACGAACGGCGACGAGAGCAGCCCACGCUCCAGCAACUUCGUGAAGAAGCUGGUGGCCACCCUCGAGCGCCGAUACAAGGACAACGCCGCGGGCACCGCCGCCGCCGCUGCCGCCGCCGCCCGGCGCCACGAACCGACCGCGCAGGUCCGGCCGCUGUCGCUCGAUUUCCAGCCGAGGUGCACGCUCCCGCCACUGGAGCUGCUGCACGAGGCGGAGCACGAGUGCGACGACCCGGACUCGUCCGACGCGGACGACUUCUUCGACGCCUGGCCUCCGCAGGACUCUCACGGGGCCCCCGACGCGUUCGAGGUCUUCCCGGCCGCCGGCGCGCCGCCGGACGACCGGCCCAAGCCCGGCGGCCGACGCUCGCUCAGGAGCGUGCUUUCGUCGCUGAUCAACUGGCGCAUCGGCGGCUCCAAGGCCGCGGCCCGGGGCUCGCGCGAGUACUACAACGCGCGCGAGAGCCUCGGCGAGGAGAUGCGCGCCUUCCGGCGCGACACCAUGCCGCGGCUGAUGGAGCGCGCGGCCGUCAACAGCCGGCUGCCCGAGCUGCUCGCGCGGCGCCCCCGCCGCGAGACCCAGGACUUCGCCAGGCUGCUGGGCCGCGCGGCGCCGGCCGGCGCCGCGCCGCGCUCCACCGCCACCAUCCACCCGGUCUACGGCUCGCGGCUGAACCUGGCCGGCCGCGAACGGUGCGGCGGCUCGGGCCUCCGCGGCGAGCCGCCCGGCUCGCCGCCCCCGCCGCCCCCGGCCCCGGUGAGCGAGCAGCGCCAGUGCGAGUGGCCGCGCGAGGGCUGCCCGCGCCCCGGCGGCGCUCGACCGCUCGCUGCUGUGUUGCGGGUGGCCGCCACUCCGGACGAGCACCUGCUGCGGCCCUCGCGGCUGCGCGAGCUCCAGAAGCGCCUGUCCCAACACCACCUCGACGACGGCUCCGAGCUCGCGGACGCGCGGCCGGCGCCCGGCGCCACCUACGACGUGCCGCGCUCCGGCCGGCCCGUGGUCGCGCGCGGGCACGCGCCGCCGACCGUCCACUACGAGAACGUCGGCCGGGCCGUCAGCGACGACGCCCGCCUCAGCCGCGCCCUGUUCACCACUUUCUGACGCGCUCUAUGGAUCGAAUGCACCUCCGUUGGCGAUGUGCUACGCUUUGCCGUCGAGGCUUCGCGUCCACUGCAGUGGCUGUCCUACGCACUUCUCUGCGCUGUUCGUUGCGAAUGAUAAUUUUGCCGACACUGCGCGACCUAACGCGACCAUCGCCGGCGUCGGACGGGAAUGCCGCCCGUGCUUGCCAACGUGGAAAUCCACUCGAGAGUCGCGUCGAGCGAACCCAUAGCAAUAUUGCGAUAAGCGUUAGCUUGUCGCGUCCGCGAGCAGAGCGCCCCGGCAGCAUUUGCGCGCGACGCCCUCUGGCAUCCGGCCAGACUUGUCGUUGUCAACCACUUUGGACAAUUUGUUGCGCCGAACGCGUGCGGCGCACAUGCAUUUUUACUCGCGACAUUCCGAUACACGAUCAAACCUGUGACGAUUGCGCCGUGAUUAUCAAUCAAUAUUUCUUGAUAAUAAAGACGAAUACGAUUUGAAAUAAGCUAUUCUCAUGAUUGGAAAAAUA